UCUCUCUCUCUCUCUCAGCAACAGGACUUCUGUGUUAACUGAAGCUAAAUAAACACAGAUGAACUGUCGAGCACAUUCACAGAAAUGUCCUGGCAGUGUCUGGCUGACUUCACAAGACUCUCGGAGCCCGCAGGAGACGCGCGUCGCCUCUCGAACACUCAGUCAUGAAGCGGGCACGUUCCUCCUAGAAGACUCUGCUCCACUCUGCUGCAUCUGAUCUUCUUACUGGACCUCUGCGCGGACAUCCGACAUGAAGAACCCGCACCUAGACGGACACUGCAAGAUCCUGCACUCGGGAGACAAGAGACUGAAGCGCAAGGCGCGAGAGCCGCUCAAGCGCGUCAGUGACGAUCAUUUACAGUACUUUAAACUGUACAAGGACGCGCAUCUCAUGGCGCAGGCAGACGGCGGUGCGAAAGAGACGCGCGGCGCGGGGAUCUUCGCGUCGGGGGACGACGGCGCCCUGGAUAUGAGGAUUAACACCGCGAUGUCCGGAGACGCUCUUGACUCCAAACUGAGAGCCGUCUCCGAACAGACUGUCAGUGGCAGGACCGCUCAAACGGGCACGCGCAGCGCGCAGGCUUUUCCUCUGGAGCGAGCGUUGUCUCAGCGCGCCGUCUCACAGGCGCCUGACGAGAGCGCGGAAUCACCCAGGAGACGCGCCGGGGAGCCGCCGGAGAUCAAAGCCAUUCAGCAGACGCGCAGACUGCUGGCGAACGCGCGCGAGAGGACGCGCGUGCACACCAUCAGCGCAGCCUUCGAGGCGCUGCGAAAGCAGGUGCCCUGCUACUCGUACGGCCAGAAGCUCUCCAAGCUGGCUAUCUUAAGAAUCGCUUGCAACUACAUUCUGUCUCUGGCUCAGCUGGCAGACCUGGACUACUCUCCGGACCAGAGCCAGCUGAGCUUCAGGGAGUGUGUGGAGCAGUGCACCCGGACGCUGCAGGCCGAGGGACGCUCCAAGAAGAGGAAGGAAUAAAAUGAAGAACGUGUAUGUGGAGAAAGAAGGACCUCAAUCCGUCAACAUGAAGACACUCUCCCCGUGCGGGAAAAGCCUUGUAAUGUAAUGAAAGCAUAAAGUGAUUUUACACUGCACUAUUGACUUUACUACAGCUAACCGAGUCAAAAACAAAAGCGCUCUAGGCUCUGAAUAUGCUUUUCCUUGCACAGCUCUUGCACAGCAGAAACACUUUCCAAACACAGAUGAUAUGAAGUCAGUUCAUUUUCCAUUGUUACAGACUGCUGGUUAUUUAUUUUUGUUUGUUUUGCAGUUUAACAAAUCGUACAUAGCUAGUUCUUAUGCAAAUUCUGUUAAAAAAUGUCCUGCCAUGUGCAAGAAAGCGCACAUUUUCUUUUCUUUUUUAAUCCAUACAAUUAUGUUAUUCUUCAUUUUAUCAAUUACAUUAUAAACCAUGAUAUAAAUGCUUAUUCAGCACUCA